AAAACAGCCAGAGAGUGAAACAGAAGCAUUUUGGCUUCAUACUCUCUCUGGCCUGGGUUUCUUGAAGUCAUCACACUUGCAGCUGAAGAAUGGCAGAGUUGAAGUACCUUUCUGGAUUUGGGAACGAAUGUGCUUCAGAGGACCCUCGCUGUCCAGGUUCCCUGCCAGAAGGACAGAAUAAUCCUCAAGUCUGCCCCUACAAUCUGUAUGCUGAGCAGCUCUCAGGAUCAGCCUUCACUUGUCCACGGAGCACUAAUAAGAGAAGCUGGCUGUACAGGAUUCUACCUUCAGUUUCUCACAAGCCCUUUGAGGCCAUUGACCAAGGCCAUGUCACUCACAAUUGGGAUGAAAUUGCUCCUGAUCCUAACCAGCUUAGAUGGAAACCAUUUGAGAUUCCAAAAGCAUCUCAGAAGCAAGUGGACUUUGUGAAGGGCCUGCAUACCUUGUGUGGAGCUGGAGACAUCAGGUCUAACAAUGGGCUUGCUAUCCACAUUUUUCUAUGCAACACCUCUAUGGAGAACAAAUGCAUCUACAAUUCAGAUGGGGAUUUCCUGAUUGUUCCCCAGAAAGGGAAGCUUCUCAUUUACACGGAGUUUGGCAAGAUGCUUGUGAAGCCCAACGAGAUUUGCGUCAUUCAGAGAGGAAUGCGGUUCAGCAUAGAUGUCUUCGAAGAGACCAGGGGCUACAUCCUGGAAGUCUAUGGUGUCCACUUUGAGUUACCUGACCUGGGACCCAUUGGAGCCAAUGGCUUGGCCAAUCCUCGUGAUUUCUUGAUACCUGUUGCCUGGUAUGAAGAUCGUCAAGUACCAGGUGGUUACACUGUGAUUAAUAAAUACCAGGGCAAGCUAUUUGCCGCCAGACAGUAUUUCUCCCCAUUCAAUGUUGUGGCCUGGCAUGGGAACUAUACACCCUAUAAGUACAACCUGGAGAACUUCAUGGUCAUCAACUCAGUGGCCUUUGAUCAUGCGGACCCAUCCAUUUUCACAGUGCUGACUGCCAAGUCUGUCCGCCCUGGAGUGGCCAUUGCUGACUUUGUCAUCUUCCCACCUAGAUGGGGAGUUACUGAAAAGACCUUCAGGCCUCCUUAUUACCACAGGAACUGUAUGAGUGAAUUCAUGGGACUCAUCAAAGGUCACUAUGAAGCAAAACAAGGUGGAUUUCUGCCAGGGGGUGGCAGCCUGCACGGUGCCAUGACCCCCCAUGGCCCUGAUGCAGACUGCUUUGAGAGGGCCAGCAAGGCCAAGCUGGCACCUGAGAGGAUUGCUGAUGGCACCAUGGCAUUUAUGUUUGAAUCUUCUCUAAGUCUGGUUGCCACUGAGUGGGGACUCAAGAUCUCAAGUUGUUUGGAUGGGAACUACUACAAGUGCUGGGAGCCUCUCAAGAGCCACUUCACCCCCAAUUCCAAGAACCCAACAGGACCUAAUUAAGACUGGAUCCUUGUGGCCAUAAUUAAGAAUGGAGUUGUAUGGUUUCCUCAAGAAUCUCGUGCCCUUUGGUGACAUGUCGGGGAGGGGCUGGUAAAAAUGAAGACUCACUUUUUACAGUAAAGUAACUCAGAAUAUUCGUGGAAAUGUCUUUGGAAAGUUCUAUGGUUGUCAGCUUCAUUAAUCAAUAAAUACUUGCUGGUAUUAUGU